AUGUUUUUAGCACUGAGAAAAGCUCCUGGUGUUUUCCCAAAAAACCAUGGUGUUCCUGCAUUCGUUCAAUGGCGAUCAUUCUGCGGUUUGCCCGAGAUUAAAGACUUCGACGAUCUUAACAAAACUAUCUCCAACAAGAUCGUUGUAGAAAACCUUAGAGUUAUCUAUAAACACGUUGGUGCCAUUGACAUGUACGUCGGUUCUCUGUUAGAAGACCCAUUGCCCCACUCCUUGGUUGGGCCUACUUUGUCUUGCAUUAUAGGAGAGCAGUUCAGACGGACUAGGGAUGGAGACAGGCUUUACUUUGAAAACUCCAAAGUCUUCACACCCGCCCAGGUGAGGCAAAUCCGAAAGAUGACAAUUGCGCGAGUUCUCUGCGAUGCUGGAGAGCAUUUCGCUUUUGUGCCAAAACGAGCAUUUGAUGUCUUUAGACCAACCAAGGAUGACUUGACGCGCUGUGACGAGAUCCCAGACAUAGACUACAACCUAUGGAAGGAGGAGCUGGAUAUGUGA